UUUGAUGGUUGCAUAAAUGUCAUAACGUUUAAUCUGAAAUCGUUUCGUGGCCACUGGAGAAACCCUAGCCCUAAAGGAGCUGCGAGUCUUUUUCCAUCUUUCUCCGAUCUUGGAUUUUUUCUCAGAGAAAUGGCGAAGUCGAAGAAUCACACAGCUCACAAUCAGUCAUACAAGGCCCACAAGAAUGGGAUCAAGAAGCCCAGGAGGCACAGAAAAACUUCCACYAAGGGGAUGGAUCCGAAGUUUCUGAGGAACCAGAGGUACGCAAGGAAGCACAACAAUAAGAACGGCGGAUCAGGGAGCGAAGGGGAAGAGUAAGCAUAGAGUCGUGAAGCUAUGCCGGUCACUUCAAUUAGGGUUUCUUUAGUUCAUCUAGGUUUUUAUUUCUUCUUUCUUAUCCUUAUCCUGGAAAGCCAAUUUCAUGGCGUUAGACUGAUUGCAUUAUACGCCUCUCCAGAAGACGGAUAGAUCAAUUUUUGUUAUUAAAUAUGCGUUUUACUUGCAAGCAGCAUUGAUGCAUUGACAUUGUUUAAUUAUGGUUUUAUCUUAAUCUUUAAAUUUGGAUAUUCAUUUUAUGCGAA